AUGGCGAGAUUUCUCUAUAGCAAACGCAGAGCGACUGACACCGAGGUGCUGAAGGCCAAAAAGUGGCUCCGGGAGCGUGUCCCUGGCCGUAUCGUCAAAGAGGGUGUAAAGCCAGAAGAAGACCGCGACGAGGUGAUGAAACAAGUAUUAUCCAAGAUAGCCAAAUACUAUAGCCGUCAAUUCGAUCGUCAAUUCGAUGAACGCUACCUUCUCACCUGGGAAUCCAGAGAAAUCAACAUCGAGUUUGUUUUCCCUGUCGCCUAUAUUGUUGACAAGUACCUGUCGCUGGAAAGAGGGCCGGAAUGCGAAUUAAAGCAGGUCGCCUGCGCUGCUGUCGAACUUGUCUUGAAUGACACCCAUUUGGGCAGCGCUUACCAUAGCAAACUGUAUAUUGGUCCGUACGACCUUGAUGAGUUUUAUCGGUUCCGUCGCAAGAUGCCAGAAGAGGUCACCACACACUUUCGUGAAUGGCCGCUGCCGUCUGACUAUGUCCAGAAAAUAUGCGGGUCGAUUCCCGGCAGCAAUGUCGACACCGACAGAAUCCAGGACCAAGCCUUCUCAACCUACUUUUCAUAUGUAGCUGCAUUGGACCACAACUUUUCCCGAACAACUCCCCUCAAGCUCGCAGCUACAUGCUUGUACCUUUCCAUGGUUAUCGGCGGUAGCGAAUGGUGCCGGGAACACGUCGAGGCCUCCGGGGGCUACAGAGAGACCAGUCUCCAGGACGGUGCCGUAAAAUUACUCCACGGGUGCCUCAGAAUGAUGCAGGAAGACGACCAUCCCAUCAACGUUUGUCGCGGGUUCAUACGGGAGAAGUGGCAAACCCUGGGCCGGUUGCCGGAGCUGCAUGGCCUCCAGAAGAAAAAUCUGUGGAGAAAACUGAAUCGGUCAGAAAGGCUGAAUCUGUUGGAAACGCUGGGAGGGGAAGAAAGGGAGCAACUCACGUUGGUGCUGGCGGCAUGCGAACAAGAAGACCUGCUAGAGAGCUUGUGCGGUUCGGAAAGCCUGGAACGUCUCGAGUCCGAAAUACGGCGUGUGCGGGACAGGCAACGUGGUUUAAAUCUCCCGCUGAAAUGGGGAAAGGCACAAUUGAAGUCGGGUUUUGUAGAAUGCACCAAUACGCUGUCGUCAACAUUGAUAAGAGGUGUACAAGAGUCGGACAGGCUGGAGCGGUCAGCAGGACUGGAACGGAGGGAAAGAUUGAAUCGUUUCAAAAAAUUGAUGGACGGGCUUCUGGAGAGUCUGCAAAUGCUAGAAAGGGACAAGUUGAUGCAGGUUGAACGUCAAUUACGGCGCAAGAUGCAGGAAAGAAAGAAGAAGGGCGUUGUGCAGACACUGGGGCACACGGCACCUUCCAGGUAG